AUGUUCAGAUACAGGUGGCAGUGCACUCACAACGAGUGUCCUCGUUACUAUAAUCCAAAACCUCAGCCUGGAUGCUUCUGGGAGGAGGAGCUCAAGAGUUGCUGUCCGUCCAGAAUGGUCUGUAAAAACAAUUUGGCAAAAUGUGUUUACAACGGAGUGACGUAUAAAGAGAACAACAGAUUCUACACCUUCAGGGGCGCCUCUUGUCUCAAGUGCCUCUGCACUCCAUCAUUUAAUGGUACUCUGAUGGAACCGUGGUGCACAAAAAUAGGUUGUGACCUGGAGCUGCAUGGCGGCGAGCAUCUUGCCAAGGGUUGUGCUCCCAUAUACUCCAAGAACUUCUGCUGCCCCAUAGACUGGAGAUGUCCUGAUCCAGAAGACGCGGUGAGGCAGGCUGACCCUAGGGGCAUUGCUACGUCAGAGGGAGCCGGUCAGUGCAAGUUCGGCGACCUGAUGCUGAACGUGGGCGAGAGCGUCCUGCCAGACCUGGAGGCUAACUGUAAAUGCAACAUCCCUCCGUAUGUCGUCUGCACAUCAAGCUAA